AUGGCCGGCGUCGGCGCGGCCGUCCUGGCGGACCUGAAUGCUAACUACGCGGGCGACAGCGUGGCGCUCACGGUGACGCACAGCAAUCUCAAGGCGACGUUUCCAGAGCUGAAGUUCUCGCUCCAGUCAUCUGUUGAGGAGGUCAAAAUGAAGCUCUCGCAGAGAUGUGGGACUGCUCCAGCUUCGAUGGACCUGAUUUUGAAGGACUCAACUGGGGCAGCACUUGUCAAGCUGGAUGAUGACAACCUUCCCCUUGGGCACUAUUCACCACACAACGGUUGCAUACUCCAUGUGGUGGACCUGGACCCGUCAUCUGCCUCCGCCAACGGUUGGCUGGAUGACGUUUCUCAAAUCGAGAAAUUCGAAAUGUCGGACGAGGCAUACAGCAAGCGCGAGAACACCUUCAGGAAGUUCAAAGAGGGCCUGCAGGGCAGGGGUUCUGCCAAGUCCGGGGGGCCUGCAGUACCCGAGCAUUUGGACCCAAAUCUGAUGGCGGGCAGCAGGUGCAAGGUGGCGGCGGGCGACAGGAGAGGUUGCGUGAGAUACGUUGGGCCCAUCGAUGGCCUUCCGCCGGGCACAUGGGUAGGAGUGGAAUACGACGAGCCGGUGGGGAAGAACGACGGGUCGGCAAAGGGCAAGCGGUACUUCCAAUGCCAAGACAAAUUCGGCGGGUUUGUCAGGCCCAGUGCGGUCACUGUGGGGGACUUCCCACCCCUUGACGUCCUUGAGGAUGGGGGCGAAAUCUGA